GACAGUGAAAGUGUAUGAGUGUGAAAGAGGACUUUUCUUUAUGGCCCCGGUGCCCAGUGCACACCAUGCUGAAAUGAGACGCUCUGGUCCGCCAGUGCCAGUCACUCCGCUCGCCGAGAAGGGUGGGAGACGUGUACCUGCAAAAUGUUGUCCACUGCAAAGGAAUACAGCAGUCGUGUAUUUGCUGAGCUAAAUGCAGACGUAUAGUUUUUUCGACAAUGUGUGGGGUGAGAACAAGGAGGUGAGAGCGCGGACUGUUGCUUGCCCUCUCCGUGUUUCAGAAACUGCGCACUCUCGCCAGUCUGACGCCAGGGAGGCGCACAGCUUGCCGUCCUAGACAGACUGGUCAUUUUUUCCACCUGCGAAACAAUAACACGCCGAAAUGAUGUCUGUGGGACAGGACGAGAGCUCCGUUCGUGUGGCUCUACGGAUUCGGCCACAGCUGGCGCGGGAGAAGAUCGAGGGAUGCCACAUCUGCACGUUCGUGACCCCCGGCGAGCCCCAGGUGAUGCUGGGCAAGGACAAGGCCUUCACCUACGACUACGUCUUCGACAUGGACUCGCAGCAGGACAGCAUCUACGCCAACUGCACCGAGAAGCUGAUCGAGGGCUGCUUCGAGGGAUACAACGCCACCAUCUUCGCUUACGGCCAGACGGGCUCAGGGAAGACGUACACCAUGGGCACGGGCUUCGAUGUGAACCUGAUGGAGGAUGAGAGGGGCAUCAUCCCGCGCGCGGUGGAACACCUCUUCAAGGGCAUCGAGGAGAGAAAGCAGGCAGCCGUGGAGCAGGGACGCCCCGUACCAGAGUUCAAGAUCAAUGCACAGUUCCUGGAGCUCUACAAUGAGGAGGUUCUGGAUCUCUUUGACUCCACGCGUGACAUGGAGUCCCGUAAGCAGAAGUCCCACAUCCGCAUCCACGAGGACGCCAGCGGGGGAAUCUACACCGUGGGAGUCACCACGCGCACCGUGUCCUCAGAGGCCGAGAUGAUGCAGUGUUUGAAGCUCGGGGCCCUGUCCCGCACCACGGCGAGCACCCAGAUGAACGUCCAGAGCUCCCGCUCCCACGCCAUCUUCACCAUACACCUCUGCCAAGUGCGCGUCUGCACCAUGGACAAUCAAGGCGAGGAGACUGACAAUCGUCUGGCGAACGGCUCGUCGGAGAUGGACGAGUACGAGACGCUGACGGCCAAGUUUCACUUUGUGGACCUGGCCGGCUCGGAGCGGUUGAAGCGGACCGGCGCCACGGGAGAGAGGGCCAAAGAAGGCAUCUCCAUCAACUGCGGCCUGCUGGCGUUGGGGAAUGUCAUCAGUGCCCUGGGGGACCGCAGCAAGAGAACGUCCCAUGUGCCUUACAGAGACUCCAAGCUCACACGCCUCCUACAGGACUCUCUGGGAGGGAAUAGUCAAACGGUGAUGAUAGCCUGCAUCAGCCCGUCGGACCGUGACUUCAUGGAGACACUGAACACCCUGAAGUACGCCAACCGGGCGCGCAACAUCAAGAACAAGGUGGUGGUGAACCAGGACAAGGCCAGCCAGCAGAUCUCAGCACUCAGGACCGAGAUCGCACGCCUGCAGAUAGAACUCAUGGAGUACCGCACGGGUAAGCGCAUGGUUGGCGAGGACGGCAUGGAGAGCAUCAACGACAUGUACCACGAGAACUCCAUGCUGCAGACGGAGAACACCAACCUGCGCGUGCGGGUGAAGGCCAUGCAGGAGACCAUCGAUGCCCAGCGGGCACGACUCACACAGCUCCUCAGCCAACAGGCCAACCAGGCACUCGCCAACAUCGGUGAGGGGAGUGAGGAGAUCGGAAAUAUGAUUCAGAACUACAUCAAAGAGAUUGAAGAACUCAGGGCUAAGCUUCUGGAGAGCGAGGCGGUGAAUGAGAACCUGAGAAAGAACUUGUCCCGGGCUUCCGCCCACUCCUUCUACGGGGGACCCGGAUCCUUCCUGGGAGCCGGCCCUGACAAGGAGGCCUCGGACGUCAUCGAGCUUGCUAAGAAGGACCUGGAAAAGCUGAGGAAGAAAGAAAAAAAGAAAAAGAAGAGCAACGUGAAGGAAGAGAACCCAGACUAUGAUCCAGAGAAGGGCGUUGAGAAAGAGCAGGCAGAGCCAACCAAUGAGGACGCUGAAAUGGAUCAACAGGAAGGCAGUGAGCACGAGGAGGGCGAGGAAGAGGAGGAGGAUGAUGAUGAAGAGGAGAUGGAAGCUGAGGACAGCUCUGACGACUCUGACUCAGAGCUGGAUGAGAAAGAGAACUUCCAAGCCGACCUGGCCAACAUCACGUGUGAGAUCGCCAUCAAGCAGAAGCUGAUAGACGAGCUGGAGAACAGCCAGCGGCGGCUACAGGUCCUGAAGCAGCAGUACGAGCAGAAGCUGAUGAUGCUGCAGAGCCGCAUACGCGACACCGAGCUGGAGAGGGACCGUGUCCUGCAGAACAUGGGGUCCAUGGAGACCGGCACGGAUGAGAAGUCCAAGAAGAUCAAGGCGGAGUACGAGAAGAAGCUGAGUGUGAUGCACAAGGAGCUGCAGAAGCUGCAGUCGGCCCAGAAGGAGCAUGCGCGCCUCCUCAGGAACCAGUCGCAGUACGAGAAGCAGCUCAAGAAGCUCCAGUCCGAGGUGGUGGAGAUGAAGAAGAUCAAGGUGCGACUGAUGAGGCAGAUGAAGGAGCAGCAGGAGAAGAACCGCCAGUCGGAGACGCGCAGGAACCGCGAGAUCGCCACGCUCAAGAAGGACCAGCGUAAACAGGAGCAUCAGCUGAGACUUCUAGAAUCUCAGAAGAGGCAGCAGGAACUUAUUCUCCGCAGGAAGACUGAGGAGAAACAGUACUGUCACUUUUGCAAGACAGUCCUUCAAAUCACGGUUGCCACAAAGCAGCAAUCGGUGACUGCAUUGAGACGGCAGAUGAGACCGGUUUCAGGGAAGGUCAGUCGCAAGGUCAACCCUCAGGACUCUCCACAGGACUCUCGCCACGUCCAAUCAGGACGCUCUCAUACAGGCUCCUCCCUCAACGGAACAAGGCUGUACCAGCGGCGGACAGUAGGCGUGUAUUCCACCCGGGUGGCGCGUGGGAAGUGGCACACACUGGAGCGGCGCAUCUCUGACGUCAUCAUGCAGCGCAUGACCAUCUCCAACAUGGAGGCCGACAUGAACCGCCUCCUCAAGCAACGGGAGGAGCUGACCAAGCGUCGGGAGAAGGUGAGCAGGAAGAGGGAGAGGCUGGCGGCGGAGGCGGCAGAGGGGGCGGAGUCGGAGAAGGCCGUCCAGCCAAUGGCGGAGGAGCUGGAGUCACUGGUGGCCAACAUCGACUACAUCAACGACAGCAUCGCCGACUGCCAGGCCAACAUCAUGCAGAUGGAGGAGGCUAAAGAGGAGGGGGACACGGUGGACAUCUCGGCAGUGAUCAGCUCCUGCACCUUGUCAGAGUCGCGCUACCUCAUGGACCACUUCAUGACCAUGGCCAUUAAUAAGGGUCUGCAGGCUGCUCAGAAGGAGUCUCAGAUCAAGGUGAUGGAGGGCCGCUUGAAGCAGAUCGAGAUCAACAGCGCCACUCAGAAUCAGCUCCUCUUCCACAUGCUCAAAGAGAAGGCCGAGCUCAACCCAGAGCUGGACGCCUUGCUGGGCAACGCGCUGCAAGAGCUAGGUAAUAUGCCACUCGCAGGGGAUGCAGAUGACAGCAGCAGUGACGAGUCAACACAAAGCCCAUCAGCAGAGGGAAACAGUCUGACCUCUGACCUCAUGAAACUCUGUGGAGAGAAGCCCAGGAGCAAGGCGCGCAGGCGGACCACUACUCAGAUGGAGCUCCUGUACGCCAGCACGGCCGGCGACAUCACCCCCGACACCCCCACCGGUGACUUCUCCGGCGCUCUUCACCCAUUGGCCGAAGGAGCUCCUCCAGACGGUGGCAGUGGAGACCUGGACACCACCAGCCCCUCCGUCAGCAGGGACAGCAGGGACUUCAUGGCUCCGGUGGCCGCCUUCUCCUCCUCCAAGCAGGGGAGCAUCUCCGGUUCCCGAUCGGCAUCAGGGCUUGACAAAAGAGUGCCGGAGCCCUCCCCCCUCGCCCGACGCAAGUCCUAUGACAAGGCUCAGGCCCUGGCAGACAGGGCUAAGAACAAGGAGCUCAAACAAGGAGUGAUUAGCCCAGUGCCGGUGCCCAAGGGUGGCCGGCCCGGGACACUGCAGUGUGUCCACGUGGCGGAGGGCCACAGUAAAGCUGUGCUGUGCGUGGACUCCACUGACGACCUCCUAUUCACCGGGUCAAAAGAUCGUACGUGUAAGGUGUGGAACCUGGUGACUGGCCAGGAGAUCAUGUCUCUGAGUGGACACCCCAACAAUGUGGUGUCGGUACGCUACAGCUCCAGCCUGGUCUUCACCGUCUCAACGUCCUACAUCAAGGUCUGGGACAUACGCGACUCGGCCAAGUGCAUACGCACCCUUACGUCCUCUGGGCAGGUGAGCACGACGGAUGUGUGUGCCUCCAACACCAACCGCACGGUGUCCAUCCCGACUGGAGAGAACCAGAUCAACCACAUAGCGCUCAACCCCUCCGGCACAGCCCUCUACGCCGCCGCCGGCAACUCCGUACGCAUGUGGGACCUCCGGAGGUUUGUGUGUACAGGAAAGCUUACUGGUCACUUAGGACCUGUUAUGUGUCUGACUGUGGACCAGACCAGUAAUGCACAGGACCUGGUUUUCACUGGAUCAAAAGACCAUUACAUAAAGAUGUUUGACGUGGCCGAGGGUUCCCAGGGAAGCUUGAGUCCGACACACAACUUCGAGCCCCCCCACUACGAUGGCAUCGAGUCGUUGGUGGUGCAGGGCGACUGUCUCUUCAGCGGCUCCCGGGACAACGGGAUUAAGAAGUGGGAUCUCUCUCGCAAGGACCUACAGCAGCAAGUGCCCAAUGCGCACCGUGACUGGGUAUGUGCCCUGGGCGUGGUGCCCGGGUCGCCGGCGCUGCUGAGCGGGUGUCGGGGCGGCGUGCUGAAGCUGUGGCACUCGGACACGCUGGCGCCGCUCGGGGAGCUGAAGGGGCACGAGAGCCCCAUUAACGGCAUCUCCACCAACAGCAGCCUGCUCUUCACCGCUGCAGACGACCGGACUGUGAAGAUCUGGCGUGCCAAGGGGUCUCUGGAUGCCAGUGCUGAUCUGAUGGACAACACAGAGGAGGCUGCAGCCAGCUAGGCAGAGUGGCAGCCUUGUCUCAGGCUUAUCCUCUCCUCUGAGGAAGGGAUGCUGAGGGCUGGCUGAGCUGAGAAUGUCAACAGGACACACAGCAGCCACGAUUUGCACUUUUAAACCCCCCACCCCCCCACCCCUGCAGCAGCAAUGGCAGAAACAGCAGCUUUUUCCCCAAUAUAUGUUAUUCACGUCUCCUAUAUCAUCCUCGUUGAUGUGAUCCUAUCGCUCGAUCGAUCUCGGAGCUCCUUGACUCUCUGUUGUUCACCGUGAGCUUUUCUCACUCACCAAGCAAAAGGAGUCCCAUGCUGCUGCCUUCAUGUUCCAUUGGGUGUGGCCUCGUCUAUUCACGAAUGAAUCUGAGCUCCGUUUUGACAGCUUUGCCUUAGGGUUUGGGGAUUCCAAGUAGUGGGGUUGAAUGACUAAACAAAAAACUCAUCGAGAGUAGUAAACCUGCUUUUAAAAAAAUGAAUCAUGUAGCUUCCCUCUGCUAAUGGAUCGAAGGCCGCAGGGUUUUAGAGGAGGUAUACCAACAACUCAUCGUUUCUCAAAGAUAAACUUGCUUUUUGGAAUACCACCUCUGAGCCUUGAAGUCUAUAUCUUUAGCGCUGUUAACGUGAAGUCUUGUGGCUGGUCGAUGGCCAGUGUUUGUAUUUUAGCUGAUUGUCACCACGUUCUCUCAAGCCCCUCUGUCAUGUGCUUGGUUGCCAGAUGAGGCGAUGAUUUCCAGCCCAAAAAAUGCUCAAAACCCGCCUGGAAGCACUAAAUCCCGCCAUUCUAUUGAUUUCUAUGGCCUAAAAUUUGGCGUUUUUUCCUGCAAAAUGCCAUUUUUACCUGCAGACGGCCAUCCUAAGCAGCCCAAUUUGGUUGGAAACUGCCCAAUCUGGCAACACUUUGUGACAGUUAAACAGGAGAUGGCUUAAGAAUUAGCGGUGAACAGCUGCUACCGUGCACACCCACCCCUGCAGAAGACAGCCCUGGACAGCCAUAGGGAGGGAUGAUUGCCAUCACUGCAUGGGAAGCAGACUGCACGUCGCGAGAUGAUAGCUUUUUUGGUGGGAAUGGGCUGGACUCACCAUAACCCCCUUACAAAUGUGCCUCUGUGUGGUCUUGCGUUUGCUGGUACCCCUAAAGAGAUGCUUGCCAAAGCUCUUGUCAUCACCAUGCCACGACAACAAUGAAACAACGCCAUAGAAGUAGAAUACUAUCACAAUCAAUUGACAGUGUAACUCAUUUUGGUGUAGUAGUGUCACCUAGCUAGACGUUCUCCUUUUUCACCGCCGCACCGUACAUGUACCGUAAGAAACUCAAUUUGUGAAUCUCCUGUUUGAAGUUGUCAUUGCUCCACGUUACUGUAGGUAAAUGUUAAUCUCUCAUGUGAACUCAUAUUUCCUGCUGCUCAAGUUGAACUCUAACCUUUGACCUUAGAAGGCUUCCUUUUUUAGGCAAGGCGUGGAGUAGUCCGAAGCAAAAUGGCUCUCUUGUUCCUCUGUACUGUACAUAAUAUUGAUUGGUAGGGUGACGGAAAAGGAGCAUUCCUGUGCCUGUAAGCCUAAAUAAUGUAGACCAGCUUUUGCAUAAAUCUGGUUCAUGUAAAACUGUUGUGUGCACUAUAGCAGCCAUCGUCAUUGGCUUUAUUUAACUUCAGAUGUGUCUGGGAGCCUGGAGCCUGUGAACUUGUCCCUAAGACACACUACGCUGUGUGGAGAAACGAAGCAGAAGCGCUUGCUGAUGAGUGUAAACCGACAGAAUAUUGUGCUGUAAUGGAAUUACACUGUAUCAUCAGAUUAUAUGGUUUGUAAUUAAUUACGCUGUAAUGACAGAUUAUACUUGUACUAUAAUUAAUUGGAAGUGGCUAACAGACAUGAAACCACUAUGUACGGUAAGCAAAAGGACCAGUCUAAUUAGAAAUUUCUCUCUGUGCAAGUGUUUCUGCUACAAUUCUGCACUUGUUGUAGUAGACUAUGGGUUAACAAUUGUCCAAGUGUAGGAGUGAAGCUGUGUAUGCGUGUACUAACCAUAGGUCUUAAGAUAUCUUCAUUCAAGCUGGAAUUCAUGCAAAACAUUCUACAUGUACUAAGACAUGGGGUGAGUGAAGAAACUAGAUCUGGGAGACAGACAACUGUCCACACACGGUUUUCCAUCCAACUUGUUCAUCAUGUUGGAAAUAAUGUCCUUGCUGUGAAAACACAGAAAAUGUAUUUAUUUUCAUCUUGAUUGUCUUCAAUGCCUGCUGGUUUAGUAUAGAUGGCUAUCGUGGCACGAAAACAAAGCUCAUAAGGCCAAACAAAGCUCAGCCUGAGUGACCAGUCUCACGUAGUAGCUCCCUUUCAGAAGCAGGCUUAACUUAUGUCUACAUCAAAUGCCUCUGUAUCUCACUGGACAAAGCCACAAAUACAGUAAUCAGAGCUCUGAAUCUGAUAGUGACAGUAACUGGAAGUCCAUCAAUUUUAGCUCACUCACAAAUGCCUGUGGUAGGCAGCAGUCUAGACGCCCCUAGCGGCCGCAAAUUGAAUCGCUUGGCUAAGGCAGACCAUAUAGCAUAUUAAUUGAAGCUUGCCCUCUCCAAAGAUUAAACACUGUACAUUCUUCAGUGUUAAUUCAACACUCCAAGAGUAUGACCAACACUAUGCGUGUCCUAUUCAACCCCCUAAGUGUUGAAAUAACUCUGUGAAAUAAAGGACUUUUCACUGUUGAAUGGUAGACAACUCGCUCUUCCCACUACAGUUCAAGAGUUUGUCGCCUGGCUUUUGAAUGUUGCAGUUGCUAAAUAUUAACUCACCGUAAAAAAACAUUGCAAGCCAGUUUAACAUAAAAAAGUGAGUUGCCCUGCUGCCUUAAGUUUGUAAGUUAAGUCAACUCGAGGUUUAACUCAAUUUGAGGCUUUCUCAAGUUGAGUUAACUUACAAACUUAUGGCAGUGUGGCGAUGUUUAACUGGCUGCAAUGUUUGACAGUGCUGAUGUGAACAGGCUGAAUGGAAACCCGCACUCUGCACAGUUAUACAGUAUAGAGGGUAACACUUUACUUGACGCCGGUGUCAUAUGCAUGUCAUAAUUUACAGUGUCAUAACAGUGUCAUGGCAUAGGUAUGCACGUGUCAUAAAUAUUAUGUCCAGGUUGAUUUUGCCAUAACCGAAUAUCACUUAACAGUCAUAAAAUGUUUAUUACAUGGCAUAAUAUUUAUGGCUUAUCUAUGACUGUGUCAUGACACUGUAAUGACAUGCUGACACUGACACUGACACUGUAUUAUGAUGACACUGUAAUGACAUGCCUAUGACACCGGCGUCACGUAAAGUGUCAUCGUAUAGAGCACUGUAAUCCCUGUUCACGGUGUAACGUCGUCUGCUUCAUGUGCUGCUGCACAGAGCAGUCCUGUGUAGUGAUCUGAUUGUAUUUUUUUUCAUUUAUGUGUUUAUGUGUAUGAACUUCGGAAUCCUGAUCUUUUUUUCUGUUUUAGUUUGCAGACAGCCCAUUGAAAUCUAACAAUGCAAGUGUCUGAUGUUACUUGAAUUAAAUGACAUCUGUC